AUGCUCUUAUGCGGCCUGGCGGGAAAUGUGGACGCGCUCUUUCUGCUGGGCAUGAUCAAGUUCUACUGCCAGCGGGACUCGCGGUCGGGCGCGUGCCUACUCGUGCGCGCGGCGGAGGAGGGCCACGUGGGCGCGCUGCACGCGCUCGCCGCCAUCAACGCGCACGGCAGCGGCGGAAGCGCAGCGGACGCCAACCCCGCCGUCGCCGCGGAGGUGCUGUGGCACGCGGCGGUCCGCGGAAGCCGGUCUGCGCUGCAAGAGCUUGGCCACUCGUACCUGGACGGCUAUGGCGUCAGGAAGAACGUAGCCCUGGGAGUGAAGCUGCUGCUACUCGCCACCUCAUCCGCAUCUCCAUCCUUCUUGGCAUCAUCUCCACCGUCCGUUUCGCCUCAACAGCACGUCGACACCAGCUCCCACGCGGUCUUCCCAGGGAGACCCACUAGCAGGCCUUUGGAGUCUCCUAGAGUGGCACUGGAAGAGACAUUGAACAGCCUGAGUGGAAGCUUACAGGAAAUGGUGUACGAGCAUGAGGCGCGAGCGCGGGCAGAAGCAGGUGGGGUCCACUUCAGUAGUGAGGAGGUGGGAUUCAACAGAGGCGCUCCUGCUGCCACUGCUGCACAGCCGGGGCAAUCAGUAGGAGGAGCCAUGGGCGGAUGGUUCUGCGACGCCCAGGUGUCUUCUGCCGUGGUUGGCGCUGGUGUCACGGAGUUGCUUGCGAUUCAUGGUGAAUCAGUACAUGACGCUGCCCCUGCUGAUGCUUCCAGUGACUUUGGUGACUCAGGUGAUCUGCGUGAGUCCGGUGCUUGUGUGACAGACCAAGCACUGCCAACAGCAGCAGCCGUGGCAGAAGCAGGUCUCAACAGUCUCACGAAAGCCUCCAUAUUCAUCAUUCCCCGUCUCAUUCCCCAUCAGCACUUCCACCGACCCCCCUGGCAUUGCCGCAGCAGAACUGCCUGGCUCACACAGCAGGAAUGGAACCAUCACAAGCAGCAACCCUCCCCAGUGGUAACAGCGAAGCAGUAG